AUGAUCUCUAGGAUUGAAAAGAGGUGGAAGGGUUCAGAACAACCAAUUUUGUUGCUUUCCAUUAUUCUUCAUCUUUCUUAUAAAUUGUCAAAAUUUAGACCAAUUAUAAACAAUUUAUCAUGGACACAUGUUGGUCAGUGGCUGAAGUAUUAUUAUCAUGCCUUUUGUGGAAAACUAGCAACUAGUAUUUUAGCAGAAUUGAUUGAUUAUAGAAUGGGGAAUGAUCCAUAUGAUUCUUUUUUGCAAUUUAAUGCAAAUGUUUUGAAUUUUUUGGAGUCAACAAUUGGACAUAAUAAAGUCCUGGCAAUGAGUCAGAUUCAUAGCAAUAUUUUGUACCAACAUCAAAUUAAUAAAGAUAAUCAAACUGAUAGACAAAUAAAGCCAUUUCAUAUUCCAAAACCAACUAUCCUUGAUCAUUUUGAUGAAAAUGAUAAUGAUGAUGUACAAAUUAUUGAUGAAGAGGAUUUAUUUGUAAAUGAAAAUCAUGAAACAAAUGAUGAUGAUUUUUUGGAGAACGACAAUGAAUCAGUGAAUUCUAAUUCUGAUAAAAAUGUGAAUCAAUGGAAUAUAAUUGUUGCUCAUUGGAGAGAUGAAGCAAAUCAAGAAAACCAAUUAGAAAAUCAUAGUGAUGAAAGUUUACUUGAAGAAGAUUUGAUAAUGAUUUUUUGGUGGAAAUAA